AAGUCACCUCAUUGCACGAUCUCCCAAAUCGAGGUGCCAACCGAUUCGCUUGCCCGGCACCCCGUAGCAUGGCGAUAGCUGGAUUUGUAAAGGAAGGUCAACAGUCGGACAACGAAUGUGACAUUAGAGAAACUAUCUUAUGAUCGCAUCAGACUCACACGUUCAGGAUCACUUAAGGCCAAGAGCCACAGCGGCGUUGUUCGCUUUUAUCCUUCGUGCUUAUUUUGCUACCUAGAGUUAAAUAUAGUAACUGUUAGCUCGGCUAGUAGUGGGUUAGCAAGAAUUCUACAAACAUGGCUGCGCUUAGGGCAUCUUACCACAGGAUUCUGGAUAAAAUCGAACAUAUCCUGCCUGCGAAAUUGAGACCCCUUUACAACCACCCAGCAGGUCCAAAGACUGUGUUCUUCUGGGCUCCUAUGUUCAAAUGGAGUCUGGUGGGAGCUGGACUGGCUGACAUGACUCGCCCGGCAGAUAAGCUCAGCGUCUCCCAGUCUGGUGUACUGACUGCUACAGGUCUGGUCUGGUCCAGAUAUUCUUUGGUCAUCAUCCCAAAGAACUGGAACCUCUUUGCGGUCAACUUCUUCGUUGGUGCUUCAGGAAUGUCUCAGCUGUUUAGGAUCUGGCAGCACAAGCAGAGUCUGAAGGUGAAGGAGGCUCCGCAGUCCUGAGUGUCCGGCCUCGUCAGACUGUAACCAUGCCGACCGAAAGGGAACCUCCACACGGGCAGUCUUGCCCCCUUUCAGACACUUUCCAUCCCAUUAUGUUUCCAUGUCCAGCCCGUUAAAAUCCAUGUCCAAAACCCCUGCUACCCACUGUACUAUAGACCACCCCAUCGGUCCUGUUGGAGGUAAUGCAAUUUCAUUUCCUCAGGGUCACUACCACGGUGGCAUUUUUAACCCUAACCAUUACACACUUGAGAAUAGGUGUCACCUACGCACAAUAUGUAUAUUUUAAUAUGACCCCAAUGCGGAAUAAAAUGUAUGAUUGUAUGUUCUUAAUUAAGUUGUAUUGUAACAUAUACAUAUAAUAUCAUGAACUUUCAGGAAGUGUUUGUUUUUCAAAAGGUACCUCACACUGCAUCCUAUGAAUUCAAGUUCUUGGAUCUGUGUUGAAUGUGGGUCAAAUAACGUCUCCAAAUGGUUUCUCUGGAGGGCAUCAUAUUUUCAUCAUAAUUGUCUCCAUACAGUUAUUUAUUUAAUAGUUUUUGGUAGCUAAUGUUAGAUCUCUCUCAAGGAUGAUUAAAUCAUACUUGCUUACCA